AUGGUCGCACAAGUGUGCGUGCCGCGCUACCUAUUGAGUGAUGUUGUGCACCAUGAGAUUGAAGCCUGCCACGGCAUUUGUAUCAAGCUUCAAUUAUUCGCGGUUGGAUUUUGGAUUGCAGAGAUGUUGCAUGAGGGCUGGGAGACAUGGUCCAUGCUUGUGUGGAUGUGGAUUGUUGAUGAAAUAGAGUACAACGUCAAUGUGAAGAACAAGCCCCAGCGGCCUGCCAUUAGGCGGCGGGUGCGUCGGUGGGAAAGGAUUGUUGGCGCAAUCCUCAUCUUACUCAAGUUUCUCAUUGCGGUGUGGCUCACUUAUGUGGGGAGCGUUGGGAUCGUGAAUUCCGAGAGUAAUCAGGACCUCAUUUUUAACUGCGUGGCCAUGAACUUCCUUCUGAAAAUCGACGACGUGAUGUUCUUAUGCAUGUCGAGCAAGAUGUCCAAGGACAUGGUCAAAAGCCUUGAGCCACAUCAUGUGGAAGUUGAGCGCUUUAGCAAAGUCUAUGCGUUCGAUCUUGCCUUUGGGCCCCUGCUCUCAGUGAUAGCCUGGGCAUCGCUGACGUCGGGCUUUGUUUUUAUCAAUAAUGAAUGCGGUUUUGAGCGCGAGCAUGCAUGUUAA